GGAAGAGCUGUUGAAGCAGCUGAAUCUGCCGCAUCUUUACUACGUGGAGCCGAUCUGCGACAAGGUUUUGGCGUGGGAAUUUGAUCAGUUAGAUCAUCAUGCCAAAAGUUCUCCGACGGAUUUGCAUGAGCCAGCCGGUGGGCUUGGGCUCACUGCGGUUUCGGGCGGGAGUUCAUCUUCAAGCAGCUCCUCUCGUGCGAGAGCCACGGCAGCUACAUCGUCAUCCUCCAAAGCGAUUCUGAAGCUUUCCGACCACCAGCUGAAAUCUCUGGAAGACCGGAUCACGCACUACGAGCAGUCGGGCGCGAUUCUCGCGGAGACGCUGUCCGAACGGGUUUUGAAGAACUACAACGCCUUCGCGACUGGGAUGUCACUCGUGCACCAGAUUUCCACGGAGAUGGAUCUGGUGCAGAUUUUGGUGAAAAAUGGGCGCAGGAAACUCCAUCUCGCCAGGGAAGACCUGAACGAAUUCCAGGAGAAGAUCGUCCGGAAGCAGAAGAAACGGCAGCGGUUAGCGUGGUUGCAGGACACGCUGGAGCAGUUUUCGCUCUUCAUGAAGUGGAACAAGGAAGUGCAGAAGUGCCUGGAAAACGUGGAUUACAUAUCCGCGGUCGGGGCUUUACGGAAGUUGGAAACGGCUUUGCAGAAGUUCACGGUAGAGGAUGUGACAAAACGGUAUGUAACGUUGAAUCAGGGCGGUGGUGGUAGAAACGGUGCUCCUGCGGAUGAUGUCGAUGAGGAUGAAGAUUCUCCGAGAAGACCGAGAUCGAGCUCCACGACGAUGCAGGGAACGAGGCGAAAAGACCAGCAGCUGCUCUGCGUGGAGGACGCGAGAAAGCGGUUUUCGGACAAGCAGCAGAUCGUCAGACACAGCAUCCACGAGGGAUUGCGGGCGGUGGUUUUGGCCGUAGCAUUUGAUGAAGAGAAGUACGAAGAGAUACUGCUCGCUGCUGCUGAUAUAUCUGGGAUGUACGGAACAGCGGCGUCAUCGUCUGCCGGUGGAGCAAUGGCUGCGUCAAGUUCCUCCUCCACUUCCUGUGCAAGCAGCCAGCAGCAGAAUUUCCGAGGAGGUCUGACUUCGGCGCAGUCCUCCACAGCGUCCUCCACCGCGAGCAGUGCCAGGGGCUACAACAGCAAUCCACCCGGUGCGUCGAGUGCAGUGUCGCAGCAGAACCAGCUUGCGAACAACCCGG